CCUCCCCCCGGUAUUUCAGGAACGCGCCGGCCUGUCUCGUGAACGCGCUUAGUUGUAGUGUGGACGCGCCCGGUCACACGCCUCGUGUUCGUGUAUUUGUUUAUUAUCUGCUCCGAUUUUUGACAUCCUUUAUUUUUAUUAUAACAGACGGAAUGCAGGAUCGUUACGCGCGUGCACACGCCGAGGAUCUCACACCGCCGGAGUAGCGCGUGCAGAGAAACGCGCUGGGAGCUUUUGUUCACCGACACACACACACACACACACACACACACACACACAAACACUCUCUCUCUCUCUCUCUCUCUCUCUCUCACACACAGACACAGACACUCAUAUACCCUCACACAAACACAUAUACACACUCACAUAAACAUACACUCAUAUACACUCGCACACAGUCAUACAAACACACAUACACACUCAUAUAUACACACACGCAGGAAGACGCUCAUCAUGUCAUCCUCUGAACUGGAUUAUGUUCCUCCGUGGUGGAUUUAUUGGCUUCAUCAGUUUCCUCACAUCAACCUGAGACUCCAACAAAUCAACAACACCUUCAACCCCCAGGAGGAAAACUACCAGCAGUCUCUGCUCUUCCUGGUGUGUGUAUCCUCAGCAGCGCUGGGUGUGAACCUCCUCGCUCUUGCACUCUAUCUGAGUUUCCUGUGCUGCUGUCGGAGGAACAGCGAGGCAGAAGAUGAGGAAGAGACGAAGAAGCCAAGCUCACACUGCAUCACCUGGACGGCCGUCACAGCCGGACUUAUCAGCUGCAUCGCAGUUGGGGUUGGUUUCUAUGGUAACAGUGAGACCAAUGAUGGAGUGUAUCAGCUAACCUACUCACUUUACAACACCAACCACACUCUGGUGGGAGCUGAGAACCUGGUUUCCUCUACGAUGGAGGGAAUUCAGAGUGGAAUGAGGGAACAUUUGUCUCGAUUGGAUGAGAUAUUUGCCACGCGAGGUGACUUUGUUAAGACUCUGAAGUUUAUGCAGCAGCUGGCAGAGAACCUCAUUAAACAGCUGUUGGGUCUCCCAGACUGGGAACAGGCUAAAGUGGACCUGACUUACAUCGCUGACCGCACUGCAGCCGCCGAGUACAACAGAUGGUUGACGUAUCUGCUGAUUCUGAUAGCUGAUCUGCUGAUUUGUCUGUUGGCGUGUCUCGGUCUGGCCAAGAAAUCACGCUGCCUUCUUACAACCAUGAUGGUGUUUAGCAUGCUAAUUCUGAUUGUAAGCUGGGCAUCUCUGGGGGUUGAUGUAGCGACGGCUGUGGGGAUCAGUGAUUUCUGCGUAUCACCAGACAAGUUCAUCAUGAACCAGACCAGAAAUGGGAUCAGCUCAGAAAUUGUUCAUUAUUAUUUGUACUGCAGUCAGACUCUUCCCAAUCCGUUCCAGCAGUCUCUCACCAUCAUCCAGAGAUCUCUGAGCUCCAUGCAGAUUCAGGUGCAGGGCUUAUUACAGUUCGCCGUGCCGCUCUUCCCUACUGCUGAGAGUGAUCUCUUAGGUCUUAAGCUGAUGUUGAAUAACUCGGAGGCACAGCUACAUCAGGUGACUGCUCUCCUCGACUGCAGGGGGAUCAAUAAGGACUAUCUGGAUGCUCUGAUGGGUGUGUGUUAUGAUGGUGUAGAAGGGUUGCUGUAUCUCUGUCUUUUCUCUCUGCUGUCCAUCGCUGCCUUCUGCAUCAUGAUGUGUGUGAUUCCCCGAGCCUGGAGACAAAUCAACAACCGUGAAAGGGAUUAUGGGGAUUUUGAGGACUCGGACCCUUUUAGCUCUCGAGCUCACACUGAGAACCUUCACACUUUUUACAGCUACAGCAGCAGCCAGAACAGCCUUCACUCACCACCGGCUCCGCCCACCUCUAACAUGAAUCAGUCAGUGUUUGGUGGAAACACGCGCUUUGAGGACGCACCACUUAUCAACCGAGGCUCUCCUCCUCCCUCAAAACUUUUAUUCUCCUACUAUGCGAGCCAACUACCUCUCGAUGACAGAAGAUCAGAUGAGACACUUUGGCGACGAUUUUAGGUCCUGAACCUCUUCAUUAUCUACACACACACACGUGUGUGUGUGUGUGUGUGUGUGUGUGUUGUAUGUUUGUCUUACUGAGGACCGAGUGUCCCUGUAGAGACUGGAGUAUCUGAUGGGUUUGACCUUGUGAGGACAUUGUGCAGCUCGUCCAGACAAAUGCAGCUUUUAUAGAAAACAUUUAAAAUAAUAUUAAAUAAAUACAUUAAUUAAUAAAAAAUAAAUGAAGAAGUGAAACAUUUUUACGCUCCCUGUUGAAGUCUAGCGUAUGGAAGUAACAUAA